AUGGAUGCAUUACCAGAGAACUACAAACCUGACUCUGGCUUGUGUGACCUACACGAUAAGAGAUCUCAAGAAUUCGUCUGCCUAACAUGCCACAAGGUGAUAUGUUCAUUCUGUUUGGUGUCAAGCCAUAAUGGACAUACAGUGGACAAUGUGGAGUUUAUCAAACAAAGGAUAACGGAGAAGAAACAUGAUACUUUGUGGUACAUGUCAAGGCUCUCAAUGCUCUGGUCUGCAUUGCAGGAGCAUGCUCUAGUCUAUCAUGCACUGGACACCACUGGCAAGGAUGUCAGUGAUCAUUUUGCUAACAUGCUCAAGUACUUGAUGGCACAUGAGCUCAAGCUCAAGACACCGCUAAAGGAGAAGAUGGAUCAGACACAAAGGCCAAAGAUUGAUGGUCCACCACCAAAAGAUGGAGAUAUUAAUGACAGUGGCGCCACGUUUGAUAUUGAGUUGAUGGUCAACUCAAUCAUGCACUGUUCAUCAGUACAUGAAUUCAUGGACAAAAUGGAGUCGAUGUUGUCAGGUGAUAAUCCGACUCAAACAAAGCCUGAAGAUGAUAUAACUGUGUUUGAUGGCAAUGAGCUGUUUGCCAUGAUCAAGAAUCAUGUGUUGAGAACCCAGGCCAUCCAGUAUGAUGAUGCCAGUCGCCAUCACUUGCGUAUCAAAAUCGACACCAACAAGCUCAGUGACAUCAAAAGACAGCUCAUGGAAUGCUUUGAGAUUGUUGACCCUACACAGCCAGCUCCACGACAGUCGUCAACAAACAACAACGGUGUGAUGCAAAUCAAUCCAUUCAUGCAACAACCACUGUUGCCUCCUCACAUCCAACAACAGCAACAACAACUACAACAGCCACAACAUCAGCCUCAACCAUUGAUGAUGCCGAUACCUGCGCCCUCAGCCCUAGCCAACGUGACUGGUCACCACCAGCCAGGUGCACCAGUGUUACCUGGAGUGCCAGCUCCACAAGUGCCAGGUCACUUUGGACCUCCUCCAGUACUCCCUGUUGCAGCUGCACCACCACCUCCUCAACAGCAAGUUGCAUCCUUUGGCGGAGCCCCGCGCAAUCAGCUCUCCAAUCACAUACUCUCGCUCAAUGGCAAGAGUUGUGAGGUGUUUUCGAUAGAGACAUCGACUUGGAAAAACAUACAAGCGUUCCCUAAGCGAUCAUACAUCUAUCCCUCACUUGUAUAUGCUCGAGGCUUUGCGUUUGCCUUUGGCGGCUUCGAAUCCCCAACCACAUACUCCCGCCUCUCCUUGUCCGACAUGCGCUGCUACGAGUCCGAAAUGGUCGGCAUAAUGGGUGGCCGCUUCAUCUCCACCUGCCACGAUGGCGACAAACACAUCUACCUGGUCGGUGGCUACAACAACGAUCAAAGUUUGAACCGCAUUGAUCGCUUCAACAUCGAGACGGGAGUGUUCACCUCAGUCGGCCAGCUGCCACUCCAACUCUGCUACCCCUUCACAUUCUUCCACAACAACCACAUCUACAUCGUUGGCGGCUAUCACACCAAGGACUACAACCGCACACUGGUGGCAUUUAACCUGCAGAUGCUCACAUGUGAGUUCCUGAUCAGGGACAUCAAGACACCCAAGUUGGUGCAUGGCAGCUGCUUUGAUGGCGUGGACAAUGUCUACAUGAUCACUGGCAACACAAUGUUGCGCUACACACUGUCCACCAAACAGACCAACACUCUACCGUUCCCGGCCGACCUUAAGCUGGGCGUUGCAAUCCUAAACAUGAUCUAUUAUUCCCAGUAUAAUAUUAUCCAAUUGGUUGGUGGCAAGGGUCGCAACUACCGCUUCUUUAUAGCAGAGAACGUUUGGAGACUAUUAGUCGACAAUGACAAUAUUGAAUCACGUGAUAGCUUUGGUUGUAACAUUGUUUGA